GGCAAUGGGGGGGACUGGAGCGUGGCCUGGAAGGGCUUGGGUGGCAUCAUCUCCCAUGGAGUUUGGUGCCCACAUGCUGUGGGGUCUCCACAGAGAUGUGACACAGGCUUUGACAGUAAUGUGGGUACAGGUCACAGCAGCGGGGAGCACCAAGGCUGGCCAGAGUCCUGAAGGUCAGGCGAGACCUGGACAGGGAGGCAGGCUCAGCCCAGCCCAGGCCAGGAGUCUGGCAGAGCACCUGGGAGCUGGAGACUGACCCGUGGGCCAAGGGUCUAGAAGAACCGUGGCCGCAGAGCCUGACGGUCAGGGGUGAGGAGCAGUGUGCAGGGUGCAGAGGCUGCUGGGUUUCCUCCGUCACCGUCUGCGCAGCCUCUGCCUGCCCAGCGAGGGAGGGGCCGCCGCCUCUAGCUUGCCGGCUGCUCCAGGCUUUCCGUCUCUCUUUCUUCUCUGGGGCGGAGCUGCAAGUAGCAAGAUGAGCGUUUUGCUUGCUAGAUUCCCAGCUGCUGGAUCAUUCUCACUAAGAAGUAUAGAGUGUUUUAUUCUUCUUCAUACUUAGUAUUUUUUUAUAAACUUUUUAAAUGCCAUAGUGCUAGGAUCCCAGGCCCUUGCACAUUCAAGAGGAGGUUUGCUAAUUAACUCCAAUGAGUCUCUAACGUGGUGAAUUUAAGGCUGGCUGGGCUUCCCAGCCUGGGGUUGACCUUGCCUCGGGCCCAAGCCGAGGGCCAUGAGACUGUGUCAGCUUCCCUGGGCUGCUGUAACAAAGGGCCACAAACCACGGGGCUUAAACAGCCAGUCCCUUCUCUCUCAGUGCUGGAGGAGAGGAGUCUGAAGUCAAGCAUGGGCAGGGCACCCCCCUGAGGCUCCAGAGGAGGGCUGUCCUCCCUCCCAGCUCCUAGCGGCCCGUGCGCGGGUGCUGCUUGGCUUGCGGCUGCAUCACGCAGUCUCUGCCUCCAUUGUCACAUGGCCUUCUCCCUGUGCGUCUGUCUCCCUCUUCUUACAAGGACACCUGUCAUAGUGGGUUUAGGACCCACUCCACUCCAGUGUGACCUUAUCUUAACUAAUUCCACCUGCAGUCACCCCGUUCCCAAGUAAGGCUAUGUGUGCAGGUCUUGGGUGAGGGCGUCAGCGGACCUUGAGGGACACACUGUCUCCUCGGCAGAUUCCUGUUGCUCCUUCGCCCUCCGCUGCAUGUCAGGCCCCCAUGCCACUCUCCCUGCUUCUGCUCCCUGGUGGAUGCCCGGAGACACGGGCUGGGUUGCCAAGCUGAGACAGCUUGGCUGGCCAUGCUGGGAGGGAACCAGCCAACUCCCCUGAGGUUGUGCCCACAGGUGUCCGUCGCCUUCCAGGACCUGGCUGUGCGGUUCUCUGAGGAGGAGUGGCGGCUGCUGGAGGAGGGUCAGAGGGCGCUGUACCAGGACGUGAUGCGGGAGAACUACGAGACGCUGCUGUCCCUGGGGACAGCUGAGCUGCUCCCCCUCUCUGCCUUCCUGUCUACCGCGGAGCCUGAGGGCACCGUGGGUGGUGGGAGCCUUGCUGGCGAGGGGCAGGAGCUUCCUAGGGGAGGAGGCCCCCCUGGAGGAGCACCCCAGCCCAGCCUGCACCUCACCGCCCUGGUGAGGCUGGUGAAGGAGAUCCCAGAGUUCCUAUUCGGGGAGGUCAGCCCUGAGAGCAGGGGAGCCAGCCCUGAUGGCAAGCGGGCGCGCCCCGAUGCAGCCGGGCCCUCGGAGACCCGCCCCCUCGGAGGCCUGCCCAGCUGUCUUCCGGACACGCCUGUCGACCGGCCCAGCCCAGCCACUGCCCGCAGUGGCAGCUUGUCCUGCAGCAGCCUGCCUGCCUCGGAGGGGCAGGGAAGCCCCCUCCCCGUCAAAACUGCGGACACACGGAGGCCUGCAGAGGAGAGCCCAGGAGCCGCAGGCAGGGAGCCCAGCUCUCCCACCCGUAGCUCGGGCAAGAGGAACCACAGACAGCCGGAGGGAGGGACCCUGGGGGCAGGUGCCACGGGAGUCUCUCCUGGAAAUAGCCCCUUACAAGGCCUCAUCAGCUGCCUGAAGGAGAUCCUUGUGCCUGGGCCCCAGCACCCUGAGGUGUCCCUGAGCAUGCCCCUUCCUGGCCCUGGUCAGAAUGCCUCUCGGCUAACCAGAGCAGAGCUGCAACCUGGGAGCCCACGCUGGGGAGUGAAGACAGAGGCAGCUUCCAGGGACUAUCCCCUCCAAGGUCUGCUGAACUGUCUGAAGGAGAUCCCAGAGGUCCCAGACAGUCAUCCUGGCCUCUCAGGAGCGGAGGACCUAUGGCUGCAGGAAGAUCAAGGAGCCUGGAAAAGUAAUUCUGCAGGGCCCAGACCCCUGCGGACCCCUCCCCCUGGCCCUGGUCCUGGAGCUGGCAGCGCGCUCUCUGUGGUGAAGACGGAGGAUGGCUGGGCCCAGAGACCCUCAGUCUCAGCAUCCUGUCAGCUCAGCAAGUGGACCCAUAGCCCCACUGCCACCAGCAGCCCUGGGUGCGAUGGGGACACCACAAGGGUCCUAGUAUCCAGAUGGGGCCCCGCAGCUCAAGAGGUGACCGUGGGGCCUCUUCUGGCUCUGGGCCUGCAGGGCUGUGUGAGAGACAACUCUGCCCUCCCUCCUGGCCCCCAGAGCACCCCCACCAGCUUCUCCUCGUCCAGCAGCGCUGAUGGAGACCUGGAUUUCCUGAGCCCUGAGGGCAGCCAGGGGCAUCGGCCCGGAAAAGGGAGCCCCGUGGGAAGCUCCCCACUUCAGGACUUGGAGAACUGUCUCAGAGAGAUACCUGUGCCCAGGCCACGGCCUGCCUGCUCCUGGUCCUUGGCUGGGGACAGAGGCCCACGGAGUGCAGAGCCCAAGAACUGGACAGCAGACAAGGAAGGACUGAGAGCCGAGGCCUGUGAGCCGGCCCACCUGGGACAGCAGGGGGGGUAUGUGCCCCCCAGAAGCCUCCAGCUGGCCAGCCCGCAGGUGCCCACCUCUAGCAGCGUCCCCAACUGCUACCAGCGAGGGCUCAAAGACCAGGUCCCCAGGCCGGGACCAUGGAGGUGCCUCCAAGACGGGGCAGCCGCUGAGCCCUCUCCACUCCACCGCCUGGAGAGCUCUCUGAAGGGGAUCUUGCCUGGGAGGCCCUUGCGUUUUGCCUGCUUGGCAGGCCCCAGCCCCAGGCCCAACUCCAGCUCCGGCUGCAGCUCCAGCAGCUCAGAAGGAGAAGACCUGCGGCCAGAGACCGAGCUCUGGAAGCCACUCCAGGUGGGGGACCGUCUUCCCAGCUGCAAGCGUCCUGGGCCUGCAUCCCCAUGCCCUGGUGGCACCCCUGCUGGCAGCUGCCCUGGUGAAAGCUCAAGGAGAGCAGAGACCAGAGGCCGCUGUGCCCUCAGUGCAGCAGGGAAAGCAGAAGAGGAGACGGGAGGCAGGUCUCAGUCACCCUGGAGAGAAGCGUGCUUGGGGACCCUGGGCCAGUGUGGCCCCCUUGGCAGUCCCAGAGGAGGGGCAGCUGUGAGCUCCGGCCCUGCUUUGCGGCUGGAGAAAAGGCCUGGACCGGGGUCCCGCCAGCCUCCUGGGGCAGCCCUGGGACUCUUGACCUCGAAGCCCCGGGUUAGUGAAGAAUCCAGGAGCCUGGAGCCUGGGAAUGGAGGAACAAGUGUUGCAGGCAGGAACGAUGGGAGGCUGCUUCCCAGAGGCCCACCCAAGCCGCCCCCUGCAGCCGCGGUCCCCGCUGCUUCUCCGCCUGCCUCCGCGCGGCCUCCGUGUCCCUGUGGGAGUUCCCUGCAGCAAGAGCUCCAGGGCCUGAGUGCCGCCCUCUCAGAGAAGCUGGACCGGCUCGCCACAGCCCUGGCAGGCCUGUCUCAGGAAGUGGCCUCCGUGAGGACCCAGGUGGACCGGCUAGGGAGGUGCCCUCGGGGCCCUAGGCCGAAGGGCCUGGCUUCCUGGCGCUGGUCCCGCUCCCGGGGACCUCGCUGGGCUAAUGGUCCUGCUCCCGGACCCUUGCCCUACUGGAGGCAGAAGGGCCCCACCAGGCCCAAACCAAAGAUCCUGCGGGGCCAGGCAGAGGGCUGCAGGGCUGGGCACUCCUCAGGCCCCUCCCAAGGGAGGCUCCACCUGGUGCCUCCGCGGCCUCCAGACGCUCCCCCUGCAGAGCCUUCCGGGCCCCACUCCAGCCCUUACCAGCAGCCCCUCUCAGCAUGCAGCUGCCGCGCUGUCCUGACUGUACGUGCCCCCCUCUGCCACAGCGGGGGACACCAGAGCCCCCCUGUCCCCGCAGUGCCUGCUGCCCUACCCCCCCAGAUGGCCCUUCCUGCAUCCAGUGCAGAUACAGAGCCACUGGCUGCAGCUGCUGUGCCAACUGGGACCCCAAACCAGCCCAAGGAUCCUAACAGCCUGGUGGCUGGGGUCGAGAGGACACUGGAGGGGGAACUGUGGGGUGGGGAACAUGGGGGUCUGAGGUGGGGGGGUCCCUUGCCGCCUUCUUCAUGGGCUCAGUUCUGCUGAGGAUGCUGUGCCCCCUUCCUCCUCUCCUAGGGCCUGUCUCGGCCUGUCACCCUCCUGUAGCCGAACCUUCCCCGUUUCUCGGCCAUGAAGGGCCUGGGAGUUCCUCCACUGGCCUGACCCCACCCCAGCUCUGUUUGCUCAGGGAGGCCGCUGUCGGGGGGCGUUUCUCAGCCACGCCUGUGGUCGCCUUGGCUUAGGUUCAUUCCAAUGUCGUGUCUCCUCCUGUCAUGUCCUUCCCACUGGAGCUGCCGUGGCUUGCAGGCCGGCGGUGUGCGUACACAUGUGCACACCACGGGGGCCGGGGCUGCAGGCCGUGAGGGCCCUCUUCCCAACACCUGCCCUUCCCAAUCUCAGCACCGCGAAGGGCUGGUCUCUCUCCCUUUCUGGUAAAUAGUGCACAGGUUUCAUUUGGGAGAACUCUGCCCCUUGGUCCAAGCUGGAUUCUACCCAUGUGGAUUCUAAAACUAAAGAAGUUGGUUGCUUGCCUGUGUGGGGCUGCACCAGGGCCCCUGGACACCCUCGAGGGCAUUCCGCACCGUCCCAUAAGGCCAGGAAGGUGGGCUGCCAGACAGAACUCCCAGAUAGCUCCUUGGAAAAGAGCGGUGCACACUGCAUUAGUUCUCCGAGGCUGCUGGUGACAAUGUGCCACAGCCUGGGCGCUGUAGCAGCAGACAUUCACGCCCGUACAGUCUGGAGGCUAGAAGUCCAGGGCCACAGUGUCGGCAGCAUGGUUCCUUCUGAGGGUGGGCGCGAGUCGGUUCCAGGCCUCUCCUGGCUCCUCGGUGGGUGCUUCACGUUCACACGGCGUUCUCCCUGUGAGCACGUCUCUGUGAUUCCCCUGGGUAUCAGGGCACCAGUCACGUUGUACUAGGCCCACCCUAAAGCCCUCCCUUUAACUUGAUCACCUCUGUAAAGACCCUGUCUCCAAAUAAGGUCAUAUUCUGAGGUCCUGGGAGUUAGGACUCCAGCACAAAUUUGGGGGGCACAGUUGAAUCCGUAACAUAUAAGGGGCUGGGCCAGUCUUGAGUCUGGGGAGAAGGAAACAUGGCAGGAGUGUGCUCGGGCCAGCUGGCCUGCUCUGGGCCGCACCCCUCGGGGGGCCCUUGGGGCAUGUAUACUGGGGAACUCGGCUGUUGCGUCCUUACCUCAUGUCCUUCCCCAGGGUCAGGCCUCCCCAGCCUCACGUUCCCACCUGUGUCCACCUUGGGUUUGAGGGCUCUUCGGGGAACAUGUGCGUGGGUUGCCCAGGAGGACGCCUGGCAUGGGUGGGCCGCGGGUGCACCCGUGCAGAGGCCCCCGGCUUGGGGCCCAGGCACACACAUGGCUGCUGUGCCCUGUGUGCUCACGGCGACCCGGCUGAGGGUGGGCGGGUGCAGACACACUGUCACAAGGUGGGCAUUAAAAUGUUCUCAGGGCUGGAGUGAGGCCCCAGACGACCACCUUGAAAGCUAGUCUAUGAGAUGAUGCAAGGAGGGCAUGUAAAGUGAGCGUCUCCUCACACCCAGCCAUACUUGAUAGAGAAUAAGGAACAGAAAGCGUUUGGGCUUUCCGCGUAGGAUGCCUCAGGAAGAUGAGUUCAUCUCCUUCUUCAGCUGUGCAGCGGGUGACACCCGUGAGCCGGUAGAAAGGGUGGGACACAGGUGCCCCGGCAGUGAGGGGGGAGGGUUCUGCACCCCUGCUCGACCCCUCCUUCCAUCCGUCUGGGGCUGGCUGUCGUGUGGCCCCCCUCGGCAGGGGCAGUGGGAGGCGGCCCACCAUCUCUCUUUGUAUGGCAUUCUAAGGUUUUGGCUUGUGGACUAUAAAUAUCAGCCAUCAUGCAAACCCUGUGCGGGAGGCACAAGUGUGAGUGACUUGUUCCAGAUCGCACAGCUUCUCAUCUGCAGCAGUGGACUCCACAGCAGGCCUCCGCAGCCCUGGCACGGCCCUCAUCCACCGGGCACACUGCCUCUCCCGGCCGUUGCCUGUGGCAGAAGUAAUCCUGGCGGUGAGCCCACUCUGGGGGGUGCAGACCCAGUGGGACUGUAAGGAAGCUCAAAUUAUUUUUUUUUGACAAUGUGGGAAAUAAGUAAUAAAAUGAAUGGCAAGAA